CCCAGACAUCCCCAGCUCCAUGGUGGCCUCAAACUCUUCUUUUUCUGCCGCCGCUGCGUCUGCCUCUGUUCCCUCUCCUCCAAGGCCUUCCCGAGCUCAUAUCUUUCAAGCAUCCUUAGCGAGUGAAUACUAGCCACACUGGGCCGAGCCACACCCUAGCUGCACCUGACGAACAAAAGAAAAUCUUCCCUGCGCCGCUCCCCGCAUUUUCCUGCCUGACGCAGCCAGCGCAGCCAUGCCCGGCCGUCUCCUUGCGUUUGUCGGCAGGGCCACGCAGUCGUCAUCGUCCUCCAAGCUCGACCAUAUCAACUCCUUCAGCCCCCCGCUGCUCCCCCCAUAUUCCGUUUCGCCUCCCCCAAGACAACGAUCGAUUGAACAGUCUAGCAUGGAGCAUCUCAAGCGCCACAGCCUCGGCGGCCGCCAUCACUCCGACAAGAAGAGCCCCCGGGUCGAGCCCCACAAGCCCGCCAGCCUCGCCAUGAUCAUCGAGUCACCGCCGCUCUUGUUCUACGCCUCCCCACAAAACUCCACGGGUGCAUUGCUGUCUGGCCGCUUAAAGCUAGACGUUGCCGAUCCCUCUAUUACCGUCGACACCUUCGAGAUGCAGCUGCUGGCCACUGUGACUAACAAGAAGCCCGUGGCUAAAGAAUGCCGCGAUUGUGCUAUCCAGACCUCCGAAAUCCACAAAUGGAUAAUCCUCACUGCGCCCAUUGCCCUCAACAAGGGCGAGCACCAGUAUCCAUUCAGCUCUCUCCUCCCCGGCCACCUCCCAGCGACCACCCAUGGCUCUCUGUCUACGCUCGACUACCACCUUUUUGCCACUGCGACAACCUCUACUGGCGAGAAAAUCACACUCGAUCACGUGAUCGAUAUCAAGCGCGCGAUUCUGCCUCCGGCGACGGAUAAGCACUCAGUGCGCAUUUUCCCGCCCACUAACCUUACCGCGACCGUAAAGCUUCCAGGCGUCAUCUAUCCCAUCGGUGACUUCAAUGUCGAGAUGCGCAUCCAAGGCAUCGUCACCAAGAAGCCCGACUCCCAGACCCAAUGGCGCCUCCGCAGGCUGCAAUGGAAGAUCGAAGAAAUUCAAAAAUCCGUCUCACCUGCCUGCGCCAAACACACCAGCCGUCUCGGCGGCGACAACAAGGGCAUCGCUCACGAGGACAUGCGCGUCAUUGCCCACGAAGACAUCAAAACCGGCUGGAAGACCGACUUCUCCGCCGGCAAUAUCGAAGUCGAGUUCAAAGCCGCCGUGGACCCGCGCCGAACGCCCAUCUGCAACGUUGAGAGCGAGAACGGCAUGAAUGUGCGACACAAUCUCGUCAUCGAGAUGGUCGUGUCGGAGGAGUGGGCGCCGCUCAAGAAGCUCAACCAGCCGACACCCACGGGCUCCGCGCGUGUCUUGCGCACCCAGUUCAACCUCCUCCUCACCGAGCGCGGCGGCAUGGGCAUCUCCUGGGACGAGGAGCAGCCGCCCAUGUACGAGGACGUGCCGGCUAGCCCGCCUGGCUACGCCGCCCCGGUUACCGUUGAGGAUUACAGCGGGGACUUGACGGAACUGGAUCAUGAGGUUGAACGGCUUAGCCUCGGGUCUUAAGUUUACGUUCUUUCCUUUGCUAACUCCUUUCCCAGUGUCCUUACUGGUUCACAUUGUUCGACGAGAUCCCUCCUGUCGAUUGGAUGUCAUGCGGAUGCACCGUUAGCGAACAGUGCGCAACUGCAUUUGACGAAAAUCACAUCUUUCCUUGGAAUAGCGUUCGGCGGAGGAUAUACCCCUGGUCUUUCUAUAGGAGUUUGUUUACACGGAGGCAUCUUGAGUUGAGCCCAGCGGAGCUCCUCAUCGGAUCAGGGACAUUCGAAAGUACUGUACAUGAAUGCAUAAUGCGAUUGCAUGCCACAAUCUAUACUUCAUUUUUCAU